GACAAAGAUGUCAAAGGACAACUCAGAACUGUUGAAGAGUUCUGUGCAACUUAGAAGCUUGAAUUCUCCUACCUCCUAGAGAACCAUACUACUAAAAAUUUAACAGUGGGUCACACAAAAACGUCUUGUGUUUAUUCUCUCUCAUGGUCCUUCCCUUGCAUCUUUUCCUGUGUUCUUUCUUCCAAAACUUGUCUAAACCCAGAUUCUGAUCGGCCUGUGAAGUGUUCUGUGUUUGGCCAUGGCUGUGCCGGGGAUACGAGGGGCUCAGGCCAAACCAAAAGUUGGCUUGAGAUGGUUAGUGAUGGGAAAUGUGCUGGGCCUGGUCUGUUAGAGUGACUGUGUGGAUUAUUUCAUUAAAAGAUUUCUCUGAGUUUCAAAUAAUACAGGGUAAAACCUCAAAUAAUACCUUGCUUAAAAAAACUAUAAAAUAGGCUUGUAAUUUCUUCCAUUUUCCGUCUUGCUCAUUCAAUGUUAAAUGCAACUUACAUCUUCAGUCUGUUAUGCUUUCAUAAUUGUGCUUUUAUGUACGAUUUUUGAAAGCCAUUACAUUUAUUCUCUAGUUCUGCUGGCAGAACCACUGCUGGCAGUGGUGCUGAAAAUAUACUUACCAGUGGCUCAGAGGCAGAUAUAUAUAUAUAUAUUUCUACUGAAUUUAUUUUUAUUGAUGAGACUGUUCAUGCUUCAGACUUCUAUUGUGAAUUGGGAAAAUUAGCUAAUCACAAAAAUGUGUUUGUAUUUUAAAGAUGGUAUGGGCUUGUUGGUAGAAAUUGGUUUGGUAAAACAUACUGAGUUGAAUCCAAAGGUUCCAUUCUACUAAUUGUAGAACCUUUCUCUGCCACCAAUAAUGGAAAAGAACUUUUGGAUCAAAGCCAUUGUCCAUUAUACGUCUCUGAGCUCUUUAGUAUUUAACACUGUUUAACUACAUGCUCCUGCUUUCCCAAGUGGGAUCUAAAAUGCCAUGUGUAAAAUGUUAAUACAUACCACUUGUGCUGGAUCCAGACAUGAUAAAUCUAUUUCUUGCUUAGAGGUUUUACUGCAUCUUGGUGAUUUUGACACACACUGUUUGCUUUCAAAGAGUCAUUGUUAGGAGCUCUCCCACAGGAUAAAAUAUGGCACAGAAACAACUGUUAGUGGCCACAGAAAUUAAAACAUUGAAUAUACAGAUUGGUAACAAGGCCUCAAGAAUAGUUUAGGCUAUGAAAAUACAAAAAAAGUUGGUUAGUAGCUACUUGUGAAGCACUUCAAAAUAGCCAAGCAUCCACAGUGAUUUGCAAAAAGCAAGUAGUUACGUUGAGGUUUUAAUUUCCUUCACUUGUAACAAGUUGUUUCCCAGCUCUCUUAAGGCUGUUAAAUGCGUCACUGCUCUACCUUUAAAGUGCUCUUGUCUUCUGCUUUGUCCAGUGUUCUGUUUCACAAAUUGCUUUCCAAAUUAAGCCUUUGUCUCAGGGAACAAACUAUUCCUGUGAGCUGCCAAUAAUUGGAUUGAUUGGUUAACUGGCACAUUUAUAUUCCCACCAGGUUGGGCCAAGUAGGAGUAUUUUAUCAGGCUUCUGUUCUUAUGUGAAGUAUUUACAUAGCUCUAUUCAUCUUCAGGGCUUUUUGCAAAUGGCUGAUGGCUUGCAGCAUUCCUAAGAAUAGGUAGAAAAGCAGCCCCACAGGAUUCUGCAGGUGUGGACGGAGCAUGGUCAGGGUCUCAAGAGACAGAUAGCAUAAUGAGGUUUGAGAAAUGAGACAUCUUUUACAAUGUAAUUAGCAAUGCUAUCAGAAACUGAGUUACAUCUUUCUAAGUGCAUUGACUUGCCUACCAUUUGACCAUCUUUCAGAUCUAGUCCAAAAAGCUAAAAAAGCAAAGAAUAAACUUUUGAAAAGAGAAGAUGACCGAAAUGAUGGGCUUCCUCAGGAGCGAUAUGAAUCUUACAGCUAUGGAGGAGUAGAUCCAUAUAUGUGGGAGCCCCAGGAAUUAGGUGCUGUGAGGAGCCAUCUUUCUGACUUCAAGAGGCACAGAGCAGCCAGAAUUGAUCACUAUGUUGUGGAAGUCAAUAAAUUAAUAAUCAGAUUAGAGAAGCUUACUUCCUUUGACAGAACCAAUACUGAUUCUGCAAAGAUAAGAGCAAUAGAGAAGUCUGUUGUGCCUUGGGUUAAUGAUCAAGAUGUGCCAUUUUGUCCAGAUUGUGGUAGUAAGUUCACCAUUAGGAAUCGACGUCACCAUUGCCGCCUUUGUGGGUCUAUCAUGUGCAAGAAGUGCAUGGAACUUGUCAGCCUUCCCUUUGCAAGUAAACUCACCACUGCCAGCAAAGAGGUCUUGGCCUCUCAUACCAGCCCAAACUGCUCACCCAACAGUGUCCAUGGCUCUCGCCGUGGCAGCAUUAGUAGCGUGAGCAGUGUGAGCUCUGUCCUGGAUGAGAAGGAUGAUGAUCGAAUCCGGUGCUGUAGGCACUGCAAAGACACCCUGCUCAAAAGGGAGCAGCAGAUUGAUGAGAAGGAGUACACACCCGACAUUCUGAAAUUAUAUGAGAAACUCCGACUUUACAUGGAAAAAGUUGAUCAGAAGGCCCCGGAAUAUAUAAAGAUGGCGGAAUCAUUAAAUGCUGGGGAGACAGCCUACAGUCUUGAACAUGCUAAUGAUCUCAGGAUGGAGGUGCAAAAAAUGUAUGAGUUAAUAGAUGCUUUAAGCAAAAAAAUCCUAACUCUGGGGUUGAAUGAAGAGUCACAGCCUCAUCCCAAAACGUUACAGCUUCAGAGAAUGAUCAGAUAUUCAGCAACACUUUUUGUGCAGGAAAAAUUGCUUGGUCUGAUGUCCCUACCAACCAAAGACCAAUAUGAAGAAUUAAAAGAGAAAAAGAAACGUGAGAUGGACAGAAAACUACAGAUGGAGAGACAGGCAACAUUUGAAUCACACAGAAAACUGGAGGAGAGGCACACAGAUUUUGUUUCCAGAUCCUGGGCAGCAUCUAAUGGAGAGGUUUCCCAGCCAAAAAGGGUGGAAGUGAAGAAAGCUGAAGGUUGGUUACCCACUGCCAGCAUAUCCCGCCAGCAGGAAUGUGCAGACCCACUUCUUCAACAAAUUGAUAAUAUCACAUCCUUCAUUGAGCAAGCGAAGAAAGCAAAUCGUCUAGAUGAGGUCCGGAUGUUGCAGGAGAACUUGCGACAACUCCAGGAUGAGUAUGAUCAGCAGGAAAUGGAGAAAGCCAUUGAACUGUCCAAAAGGCAAGCUGAGGUGGAAGAGAUGCAGAGGGAACAAUUCCAGAUCCUUUGUGAAAAAGAAUGGGAGCGGGAGCACCAAAAGAAAGUGUCUCAGCACUCAAGGACGCGCUCCCUGGACUUCAGAGAAAUGAAGCUCAGUAAGGUAGAGAUUGCACCAGAUAGUUUAAACCAAAUAGCACAUGCUUUGGAUCUAGAUACGACUCAGAGUCAAAGCAAUCCAGGCUGCAAAGCAUCUUCUCCAAGUGGGAGGGGCCAGCUACCAGCAGAUGAGAGUCCAGUCUUCCCUGUCCAACCACCAGGAGCCCAAGAACUCAACAGAGUAUCAGAACAAAAUAAGAAUGCUGCAUUAAAUCCUUUUGAAGAGGAGGCAGGUAUUAGCACUUUAAGAAAACCUGAUAACCUGUUUGCUAAAGACUUUUCCCCAGUGCCAAGCUUGCCCACCAAAGCUUUGAACAGGGGUUUAAAGGAAUACAAUCCAUUUGAUGAGGAGGAGGACUCUCAGCCAGCAAAUGGAGUGGCCAUCAGCGCUCCAAACCCUUUUGAAGAGGAUGUUGGAAAUUCUCUUCAGAUGGCUGUCAGUAAUCAGGAAUCUGGGAAUUCAUUUAAGUCAUCGUCUCCCUCUACAAAUCCUUUUGAAGUUGAUGAUGAUGAUAAUAAUGAAGUGUUGAACGAAGACAUCAUAGAAGAGGAAUUACUCCUCCAACAGAUAGAUAAUAUCAAAGCUUAUAUUUUUGAUGCCAAACACAGUGGACGGAUGGAUGAGGUAGAAGUGCUGACUGAGAAUUUAAAAGAACUGAAGCGCACAUUAGCAAAACAGAAGGAGAAAUCCAGCUGCUGAAUCAGUGGCUACAUCUAGGCACAUACUUUGAGUAUUCCCAGCCUGUCCCAGAGGCCAGGCAGAUAGAAUUAAAAUGAAUAGCAGCUGCAAGAGAGAAUUCCAAGGGUUGAAUCUAAUCUUACGCACUUUGGUGUUGGGCAUUUUUACUGUAUUAACCAGACAUUGCAAACAUUGUCCACACUGCUUAUAAUGCUGUGGUAACCUAAGAACUAUUUUACAUUUUUAAGAUCUAUUUUAAAUUUCUCACAACCAAUUUUUGUCACAGGCAGACUUUGUAAGAGCAUGAGUAUGCUCCUUAGUAUCUCUUUUGUUUCUGAUGUAAAUGGCAGAGGGCUGAUAGGAAAAUGGACACUUUCAAACACUUGAAGUGAGGCAGGAGAGCAGCCUGCCAACCCUUUUCUUGGUGGGUGGUUGCUAUAGCAGUAUUAUAGGCUGGACUUCUGAGCCAGUAUUUCCAUAGGCCAAGAGGACCCAGAUUGUCUUGUAUAUUCUGUGUCAAGCAUGUCUGAUAGAUCUAAAGUAGUGUAUUUUUAGCAGAUGUGUUCAACUAUCACAUAUGCUAAAAAGUGUUAGAAAGCAGGUUGCUGAGAUCCAGUGACCUGUUGAGUUAAAAGGCCAAUGAUCUGACUGUGCAAUACAAAAAUAAUAUAAACGGAUUUUAAACUAGGUAUGGAUAGAUGUGGUGUAAUAGUAUCUUUGUUUUAGGAAUCAACCCUUGAGCCCUGUCUUGAAAUUAUGACCUAUUUUUCUUCCACUAUCUGAUUUUUUCAGGUAUCUUGUACAUUACAAGCUUAAACUGGUUUUAUUAUAAUAGCUUAUUCCAGGAACAUAUCAUGAGGGUGCUGAAAGUUCUUUUCGUAAUCAUCACCAUGUAGAAGGACAGUUCCCAGGAUUCCUGAGUGGGAGGUGGUAGAAGAGCCGUAAUAGAUGAACUGAUUUCUACUUGCAGCAUGGCCUUGAAUUUGGUAUUCUUUGGCAGUUACUGGAGUAGGAAGUGUUUAGUGAAAUCUACAAAAUGGAGAUCAGGUAGUGUACAGUUGAUCUAGUCAUAAAUAACAGGAUAUAAAGUUGUAACUGACCUUUAGUUACCUACAACAAAGCCUGAUUCCUCUGAAUAUUAAAAUAUAAAGAAAAGCAGGGAAUAUUUUCAGCUGCUUUGUUCCAUUAUAAACCUAGAGUGAACAAUUGAUCAUAAUGUGCGCCUCAGGAGUGUCCCAGGUUAGGAAGCUUGGGCAUGUACAAUGGCUUUGCAAUUUCCAUUCAUUUCUUUUUAGGACCUAUGUAAGCCCUGCUUUAAUAAACGGAGACUGCAAAGCAGUGGUAAUGGAGAUUGUGCUGCUUGUUUCCCUUUUUGAAAGGGUGUGAGUGCUUCUUUUCUAGAUGUUUUUAAUUCUUCAAAUGUGAACUGGAAUAUUUGGAAAAAAUGAAAAUAAUUGCAAUGGGAAACUGUUGCACAAUUUGUCAUUUUUCACUUGUGCUGUAUGAAUUCGGUCAUCUCUGAUCUUUUAAAUGUCAUCACUUGAAGAGGAAGCUGGACUUCUGCUUCUGUUGGGGCUUUGGAGUGGGAUGAAGCCCAAUAAUUUUAUCAGUUCUGCUGCACGAAUCUGUAACUUUUCAUUCACAUUUGAAAAUACCAGUCUAAAUACUAUAUAGAGAAAGGUGGGGCUCCCAAAGAGCAACAGAACACUAAUAUUUGGUUAUUUAAUUGUAAAGCUGGUGAUUCAAACUUGGGCUCCAAGAAUCCCAGAAAAACGUUUCUACAUAAGCUGUGUUACUAGUGGGAUGGAUAACAUGCUCAAGAACUAAAGCAGAAGUUUACAUACUAAUAUUUAUGUAUUACAGCUUCAUCUAUUUCCAGUGGGGCUUUAGGUUGUUAUAAAUGAAAAACAUAGUGGGGAAACUGGCUCAGUUAACUCACUUUAUCCUCCCUAGAGCUGAAGCUGCGGUUUAUCAAAAGCAGCUUAUUUUAAUCAACUUCAGCCAUCCUGGGGAGACUGAUGUGGUAAACACUGCAUUCACUACAAUAACUGUAAGAAAAAGUGCUGAUGUCUUUAAUAUUUUUUUUUCCAUUGGGAACACAUGGAAGCGAGCUUGUCAUGUUUGUAACAAACCUAGCAGGACUGAGGCUGAAUAUCAGCUAAUGGGAAUACGUCAGGUAAAAUGCAGUAACCUAGUUAUAGCUGUAUACUUCUUUGUAACAGAACUCUACAGCUUUUAAGUGACUAUCAGCUAAGGCACAGUGAGUCAUGUAAAGCAGAAUCUAUUUAUGGUGAGCUGGGAAGGGCACCACAUUUAUCUGGCAUCCUUUAUCUAACCAGCCAAAAUAAAUAUUUCAGUGGCUUCACUUUUUUAAAACAUGUAAAGCAUUUCUUGUUACUUGCAUUCUGCCUUGUUUGUAUGUACUUCUUAGCUUAAUAGAUUAAGACAUACUUAUGUAUUGAUGUACUUCUUCCAGCAGCUUUGUUGGUUUGUAUCUCCAUGACUGCAAGUCAAUGUGACAGGUAAUUAGCCUUCUCACGAGGAUAGCGAUAGACCCACCUUUUGACCAGCCUUCUAUUUGUACUACUGAACUGACACUAUGAAACGGAACAAAAUCAUGCCAUUGUGAGAUUUAGCAUUAACAACAUCUGUUUAUACACUUGCAUGCACUACUCUAGUUUGCAAGCUUUCCAAUAAAAUGAAAUAAACAUGUUAUUUUA